AAGCAGGAAGGGCAGAGCUAAAGCGGGCGGGCGCGCGGGAGCCGGCGGUGCAGUGGUGGCCCUGCCAUGUCGGCGCAGCAGCGGGGCACGGAGCUCGACCUUAGCUGGAUCUCCAAAAUACAGGUGAAUCAACCGGCAGUUCUGAGGCGUGCAGAACAAAUCCAGGCCCGAAGACCCGUGAAAAAGGAGUGGCAAGCUGCUUGGCUCCUGAAAGCUGUUACCUUUAUAGAUCUUACUACACUUUCGGGCGAUGACACAUCUUCCAACAUUCAAAGGCUCUGUUAUAAAGCCAAGUAUCCAAUCCAGGAAGAUCUCUUAAAAGCUUUAAAUAUGCACGAUAAAGGCAUUACUACAGCUGCCGUUUGUGUUUAUCCUGCCCGGGUAUGUGAUGCAGUAAAAGCACUGAAGGCUGCAGGCUGUGAUAUCCCAGUGGCAUCAGUGGCCACUGGCUUUCCAGCUGGGCAGACUCAUUUAAAAACACGAUUAGAAGAGAUCAGAUUGGCUGUGGAAGAUGGAGCUUCAGAAAUUGACGUGGUAAUUAACAGGACCUUGGUGCUGACAGGCCAGUGGGAAGCCCUAUAUGAUGAGAUUCGUCAGUUUCGCAAGGCCUGUGGGGAGGCUCAUCUCAAAACCAUCUUAGCAACAGGAGAACUUGGAUCUCUUACGAAUGUCUAUAAAGCCAGCAUGAUAGCAAUGAUGGCAGGAUCAGAUUUUAUUAAGACCUCUACUGGAAAAGAAACAGUAAAUGCCACCUUCCCAGUAGCUAUAGUCAUGCUACGGGCCAUUAGGGAUUUCUUCUGGAAAACUGGAAACAAGAUAGGCUUUAAGCCGGCAGGAGGCAUCCGCAGCGCGAAGGACUCCCUUGCGUGGCUCUCUCUUAUAAAGGAGGAGCUAGGGGAUGAGUGGCUGAAGCCAGAACUCUUUCGAAUAGGUGCCAGCACUCUGCUCGCGGACAUCGAGAGGCAGAUAUACCAUCACGUGACUGGAAGAUAUGCAGCUUAUCAUGAUCUUCCAAUGUCUUAAAUCAGUGACGAACUCCAGAAAAGUCCUUUACUAUUUUUCUGCGUGAUUGCUAAAAUUAUUUCAUUAAAAAAAUGGGGGAAUAGGUAACUGACUUUUUUCCCUUAAAAUUUCCAUUGAAUUUAACUCAAAGAAUGAAAGGGAAAAGCCAGGUACACACAUGGUGUGUACACACAUGGUGUGUACACACAUGGUCCCCGUUUCAGGCAUGUCUGAAAUGGUCUUGAUUACUAGAAGAUCUCCAUUGUUAAUUUUGUGAAGGUUUUCUCUUAAGAACUCUGAGUAAAUUUUUUUUUUUUUUUUUUUUUUUGCGGUAUGUGGGCCUCUCACCGUUGUGGCCUCUCGCAUUGCGAAGCACAGGCUCCAGAUGCGCAGGCUCAGCGGCCAUGGCUCACGGGCCCAGCCGCUCCGCGGCAUGUGGGAUCUUCCCGGACUGGGGCACGAACCUGUGUCCCCUGCAUCAGCAGGUGGACUCUCAACCACUGCGCCACCAGGGAAGCCCUGAGUAAAUUGUUAAUGAUAGCUUUGACAACAUUAAAUUCUAAGGAAGCAAAAUGUUGACUUGCCCAAGAACCAUGCUGUAGCAAAAGAAAAUGCAGCACCCCUGAACCGCUCUUGUUCUCCCACUGACUUCAGGAUUCACUUACUCGGCACUAAUUUCCUGCCCUGAAAAUCCGUCUUUAAUUUUUGCAGCAUAUACGCCCUUUUACUAAUUGUUUUGCUAAUGAAAUUUCUGUCAUUGUUAUGUGAAACUAUGGAUAUCUCUGAAUUUUUUAAUUAAAAAAAUUCCUGUAGUUGUUUAUUUUUAAAAAACCUUUCCAUUGUAAUAACACAUAUUGAAAAGUUAACCC